AUGUCGAUGGAGGAAUUGGAUGCAAGUAAUGGUGUCGUUGCCAUCGUAGAGAUGGAGGGUCAGAGUCUCGUCAGUCCGCUGCACAGUUACCACUCUCCCCACAAUCUCAAUCAGUUUCACCGGCCUACGUCUCCGGGUGGUGAACGACGGAGGAGAGUUUGGUUCGGUGUGUAUGGAAAGGGACAAGAAAUCACAUGCCCAAAUUGGCCAAAAUACGGCUACGUUUCGGUUGCUGUUGGCCAUGUUAUAAAUAUGGAUAAAAGUUGGAUAAUGAUUGAGAAUCGGAUUGAGCCUGAAUAUAUAAAUGGGCUAAAUCAGUGGGGAUUUGAUAAAUUAUAUAAAGUUUGGAACUUUCACGGAGAAGCUACUACAUCAUCUGUUAAUAUAAAUAUUGUCAAUGAAGAGGAAGAUGAUUGUGGUUUUGAAGAAGAUGAUUUUGAAGAUAUAUUUACUGAUUUAAGAAAUGCAGAAAAUAUCAAUACCAGUGGACCUCAAUCAGAUGAUAUUAAUGCAGAUGAUAUUAGAGGAAGUUAUACCUCAAUGUUUGACGAAGCACAAAAAGAGUUGUAUCACAAUUGUACUAAUUUUUCUGCAUUCAGUUUUUUGGUCAAGUUAAUGCAUGUGAAGGUGUUAAAUGGGUGGAGCAAUAAAUCUUUUGAUAUGUUACUUCAGUUAUUGCAAGAGGCAUUUCCAAAACCGAAUGUGAUUCCAAACUCUCAUUAUGAAGCAAAAAAAAUGUUCAAAGAUUUAGGAUUGACAUAUGAGAAGAUACAUGCAUGUAAGAAUGAUUGUAUAUUAUUUUGGGGUGAGCACGAGAAUAAAGAUAUAUGUCCAGUGUGCAAGGAGCCCAAAUACAAGUAUGAUGGGAUGAAUAAGAAAAAGAAUGCUCAGAAAAUUCUUCGAUAUUUUCCUUUGAAGGUCAGACUUAAGCGGUUGUUUAUUGCCAAACAUACAGCAAAAGAUAUGAGAUGGCAUAAAGAAAAACGGGUUGAAACAGACGGUGUAUUAAGGCAUCCAGCAGAUAGCGAAUCAUGGAAAGAUUUUGACACAUCACAUGAAAUAUUUGCUAGUGAUCCACGAAAUAUUUGCUUAGGGUUGGCUACUGAUGGUUUUAAUCCAUUUGGAAACAUGUCAAAUGCUUAUAGUAUGUGGCCUGUUAUACUUGUAAAUUAUAAUUUACCACCUUGGAAAAUGAUGAAGCCAUCAUAUUUGAUAAUGUCUCUUUUAAUUCCUGGUCCUAAAUCACCUGGGAAAGAGAUAAAUGUGUACUUACGACCUUUGAUCAACGAAUUGAAGGAGCUAUGGGAUGAUGGGGUGGAAACAUAUGAUGCAUCGACUGAACAAGUAUUUCAAUUACAUGUUGCUGUGAUGUGGACUAUUCAUGACUUUCCAGCAUAUGGAACAAUAUCUAGAUGGAGCACAAAAGGUUAUAAAGCAUGUCCAGUAUGUCUUGAUGAAACUAAAUCCCAAAGAUUACGGAGUAAAAUAUGCUAUACAUGCCACCGUCGAUUCUUGAAUGUGCAACACCCAUGGCGUAGAAAUAAGAAUUUCAAUGGAAAGGUUGAACAAGAAGGACCACCACGAAGACUUAAUGGUUAUGAGAUUUUAGCACAGUUAAAUGCAUUACCCCAAGUGACAUUCAGUAAGGAUCCUACAUUAAGUAAAAAGCGGCAGCGAUCUUUGGAUGAAACCAAUUGGGUAAAAAAGUCUAUAUUUUUUGAGUUAAAGUAUUGGCCAGAUUUAAAGUUGAGACACAAUUUAGAUGUGAUGCACAUAGAAAAAAACAUUUGCGAUGCUUUGGUUGGCACAUUAUUUAAUAUAGAUGGAAAGUCAAAGGAUACAUUUAAAGCAAGGCUAGACUUGCAAGAUAUGGGAAUUAGAAGUGAAUUGCAUUUAAAGAAAGUUGGAGACAAAUUUAGUAAACCAUAUGCAAGUUACACAUUGACAUUAGAAGAAAGAAGUGAAUUUUGUCAAUUUUUAAAAUCCGUGAAGUUUCCUGAUGGAUAUGCUGCUAAUAUAUCUAGAAAUGUAAAUGCAAAUGAUGGAAAGUUACAUGGACUAAAAUCACAUGACUGCCAUGUUUUGUUGCAAAGAAUACUUCCAGUGGCCGUACGGAAAUUCUUUCCAAAAGACAUAUGCGGCACACUAAUUGAGUUAUGUGAUUUUUUCAAAAAGCUAACUGCAAGAUCUUUACACUUAGCGGACUUAUGUAAAAUGGAGGAGGAAAUAAUCUUCAUAUUAUGUAAGAUGGAACAAAUAUUUCCUCCAGCAUUUUUUGACAUUAUGGUUCAUUUGGCAGUUCAUUUACCUCGUGAAGCCAUGUUAGCUGGACCUGUUUCUUCACGAUGGAUGUAUCCUUUUGAACGAUAUUUGGGCAGACUAAAAAAGUAUGUUCGUAAUAAAGCAAGGCCUGAAGGAUCUAUUGCAGAAGGGUAUAUUGUAAAUGAGGCAUUGACUUUCAGUUCAUUAUAUAUGAGUCAAAUUGAGACAAGAUUUAGUAGGCCAGAACGAAACCAAGAUGUUCAACCAGUAACAUGCAAUUUAAGUGUUUUCUCACAACAAACAAGAGUAUUUGGCAAUCCACAUAAUCUGAAAUUGCCUUUGACUUUGUAUAAGAAAGCACAUUGUGAACAUCUACAACUUCUAUCACAUAAAGUUCAUUCAAAUCAACUUCUCCAAUACCAUGAGCGAGAUUUCCCACAAUGGUUUAGGGAUAGAAUGAUAAAGUUAAAGAAUUUAACAAAUUCAGAAAUCACAAAUGAGUUAUAUUAUUUAGCAAUGGGACCUGAUCUUGAAGUUCAAUUGUAUGAUGCAUGCAUUGUAAAUGGUAUUCGAUACCAUACAAGAUCUCGUGAUGCUCACAGAACUACUCAGAACAGCGGGAUAUAA